CCCCCCCCCUGCUUCACUCAUUCUCUCUCUCUCUCUCCUGAGGAUUAACCCAUAGAAAUCUCCUCCAAUUAUCUCUCCCCCUGUCAUCUCUGACAUUCAUCUCCCCCCUCUCCCCACUUCUUCCCCCCCUCCCGACACCUCGCAAUUUCGCCUCCACACCCAAACAACUUUCGCCCCCCUAGAACAGCACCUCUUCCUCUCCCUCGUCUUCUUGAAUUUUCCCAGUCUCUACCGCGCACACAGUCCCUAAUCGUCGCAGCACAUAACUUCAGUCACCAUGUCGACCCCGUCCAAGUACGACGACUAUGACUUCCCGACCACCGCGCCGGAGUCUCAGCCCGGCCACCCUGGCCACACCACCCCCGAGCAGGACGCAAAGGUCGUCCAGCUCCGCUCGGAGCUGGAGCAGAUGGGUUAUACGGAGCGGUUGGAUACGCUGACCCUGUUGCGUUUCCUGAGAGCUCGCAAGUUUGAUGUCGCUGCUGCGAAGACUAUGUUCGUCAACUGCGAGGAGUGGCGAAAGAAUUUCGGCACCGAUGAUCUGGUCCGUACCUUUGAUUACCAGGAGAAGGCCGAUGUUUUCAAGUACUACCCUCAGUAUUACCACCGGACGGACAAGGACGGACGACCGGUGUACAUCGAGAAGCUGGGCAAGAUCGAUCUCAAUGCCAUGUACAAGAUCACCACCGCCGAGCGCAUGCUGCAGAACCUCGUCACGGAGUAUGAGAAGCUGGCGGACCCCCGCCUGCCCGCCUGCUCGCGCAAGGCCGGCAAGCUGCUGGAGACGUGCUGCACCAUCAUGGACCUGAAGGGCGUGGGCAUCACCAGCGUGCCCUCGGUGUACUCGUACGUCAAGCAGGCGUCGGAUAUCUCGCAGAACUACUACCCCGAGCGGUUGGGCAAGCUGUACCUGAUCAACGCCCCCUGGGGCUUCAGCAGCGUCUUCAGCGUCGUCAAGGGCUUCCUGGACCCCGUGACGGUCAGCAAGAUCCACGUCCUGGGCUCCGGCUACAAGUCGGAGCUGCUGGCUCAGGUGCCCGCCGAGAACCUCCCCAAGGAGUUCGGUGGCAGCUGCGCCUGUGAGGGCGGCUGUGAGUUGAGCGACAUGGGCCCCUGGAGGGAGGCCGAGUGGACCAAGGAGCCCAAGUGGGCGACUCCCAAGGCGGCCCCGGCUGUGGUCCAGAGCGAAGAGCCGGCUGUGGAGAAGAAGGAGCCUGAGGCGCAGGAGGCGUCUCAGCCCACCGCAUAGAUAUAUAUUUCUUUCUAAACCUUUUAACUAUUUCUAAUUCUUCAUCUUUUAUCUUUUCUUAUCUUUUGGUUUCCCGUCUAUUCCCCGUUCGUGCGUCAUCCGGAUUGGGAGGUCUGGUAGGAACGAGGGACUGGCUACAAGAUUUGAAUGGUGUUUCCUCCCUGAUUACCAUCAUUGAUCCCCAAUCCCUCCGUGGAAGUCACCAAUUGGUUCUCUUCAAUAAUGGACGGCCACCACAGCUGUUGGACCCCUUUUGUUUUAUUCCUCUACCUUUUUGUUUAUCCCUUCCUUCCAGUCUCGCAGAAUUUGGUUUCUUCCUUUGCGUUUUAUUUUAUUUUUUUAUUUGGCCGUUUCCGAAGAAGUUAUCUAGAGGCGAACACAAGAACGCAGGGAGUACUUUUAUAGAAUGGAGCUGGUGGAGAAUGGAUCAUAUCAUAUCACAGCAUAUACCUAUGUUCAUGUAACAGUAUAUUAGGUUAGGUAGGUAGGAAAGGGGAGAGUCAGCGCUAAAAGUGGUAUUUCGAUUUUGUUCUAUUGACGUUUGUUCGGUCUGGUGGAAGUGUUG